AUGGUUUAAUGUAGAGAUUUGUUGAAGAAAAAAUUUAUAUUCAAAACUCCUUUUUUUCUUCAAAUUUAUUAAUUGUUGCAACGUUAAAUAAAAAAUACAGUACUAAUUUCUUUAGAUUCAAAGCAAAAAGGAAUCAUAACUUUUUAAAAUAUAAAUAUAGUUUUUUAUGACAACCAUUUAGAUGAAUAUUUUUAUGCUUUAUCUUAGUCUUCUUCAGCUACAUUAUUUUUGUCACUUAAAUAUGUUAAAUAUGGUAGUCAUAGAAUAUAAAGUUGCUAAUUUUUAUAAAACUUGGUCACUAAUUCAACUAAUUCAAUCUUAUAUAUGAUUCAUAAAAUAUAAAAAAUUCUUAAUUUUAAAAUAACAACAUUUUGAAUUAUUCAUCUUUGAAUAGAUAUAUAUUAUUAAAAAACACUCAAGAUCUAACAGAUAUUAAUUUUUAAUUCAUUUUUCCGAUCAAAUCAACUAGUGGGAAUGGUAUGCUAAUAUCUAAAUUAAUUAUGAUUGAUAGUUUAAAGAUAAAUUUUAGGGAAUAAGCUUUAUUAAUAUAAUAAAUUCGGCUUUUCUCAAUAAAAGAACAACUUUGUCUUCCUUAUAUUUUCAAAAGGAGGAUGCUUUUACAUAGAUGCUAGUUCAUCUGUAUUGACUUUAAACAUUAAAAAUAACAAAUUUGA